UGACAGGGAGUUGUGUGAUGAGAGAGAGAGAAAUAAUUGAAAUAUAGAGGGUGUUUGUUUGACUUAUGUGGUGAUUUCUUUCUCAAUAAAAGAAGCAAAUAGAUACCCAAAUGAAUUAAAAUCUCUCUCAUCUUCUCAAAAUCCCAUUUUUUUAGAGAGAGAAAUGGGAAGAACUCCAUGCUGUGACAAAGCUAAUGUGAAGAAAGGGCCAUGGUCCCCUGAAGAAGAUGCAAAGCUUAAAGAUUAUAUUCAGAAACAUGGAACUGGAGGCAAUUGGAUCUCUCUCCCACAAAAAUCUGGAUUGAAGAGAUGUGGGAAAAGUUGCAGAUUGAGGUGGCUGAAUUAUCUGAGGCCUGAUAUCAAACAUGGAGAUUUCUCUGAGGAAGAAGAUGCAUUAAUUUGCAAUCUCUUUGCCACCAUUGGAAGCAGAUGGUCAGUAAUUGCAGCACAAUUACCGGGAAGAACAGACAACGACAUAAAGAACUACUGGAACACGAAAUUGAAGAAGAAACUAAUGAGCAUAAACAACACCAACAUCAUCCCUCCAAGCCAUCAAAUAAAAAAUCCUCCAUUUCUUCAUCAACAUUCCUCAACAAAUUCCUCCUCCCCUUCCUCUUCCUCACCAUCCUCAUAUUCAUACUCAUAUUCAUACUCAGAUCAAAGCAGCCCCAUCUGGUCCUUCUCCAAUUUAGACCCCAUGAUCUCAAUAUUCUCCCCCAACAACAAUAACAACAACAAUAAUCUUGUAAACCCCACAACCCCAUUAUUGUUCCCUCAAGAUCAAGCAAGGUUCAACAUGAUUAGCCCCAUGGUUCAGGCCAGCUGCAGCUCCAAUUCAGAUGGCUCAGGUGAGAACCAGUCCUACCAAGAACCGCCAUUGUUGGAUUAUGGGCUUGAAGAAAUCAAGCAGCUCAUUACUUCUACUGCCUGCACCAAUUUCUUUUUUGAUGAUCAAACUACUUGAAGCUACAAUGGUUGGAAAUUUUUCUCUUCUGGAGGGUGUUGUGGUUUUUUGACUGUAAAUGAUAGAAAAGUUUGCCUUUUUUUGGGGGGUUCUUUCUUAUUUGUAUUUUGUCUUAGGGAAAUGGUGUAUAUGUUGGGAGUAGAGUACUUAAUCCAUUUUGUUAAUAAUCAUCAUGAUCAACACUGAUUUUUAUCUUGUUAUUAUAUAUUAGUUUUUGUUGGCUGGGUAA